CUGAGAGUGAACGCGUUACUAAAGCGUUUAAAAGCGGUAAACCGUCACGCACGCCGUCACGCAGCGGGGGCGGCAGGAGGAGGAGCCGCCGCUGCUGCGGUACAAGUGUCCGGACUCCCCGCUCACUUCCUCGCUUGCUCCCGACACUGUCGCUUCACUAGAACCAGAACAUGUACCGGUGUUUCGGAGAGCUCCUCUCCCGGGGAGCCGGCAGCGUCCUCGGCUCCGGCCGCUCCGCCGCCGCGGACUCGGCUCUCCCGGCGUCCGCGUCCCUGCUGCGGUACCGCGGCUACAGCCAGGCCGUGGACCGGGCCGACGACCCGAACUUCUUCACCAUGGUGGAGGGCUUCUUCGACCGGGGCGCCGCCAUCGUGGAGGACAAGCUGGUGGAGGGCCUGCGGACCCGGGAGAGCGCCGAGCAGAAGAGGAAGCGGGUCCGCGGGAUCCUGAAGAUCAUCAAGCCGUGUAACCACGUCCUGAGCGUCUGCUUCCCCAUCAAGAGGGACAGCGGCGAGUGGGAGGUGGUGGAGGGCUACCGGGCCCAGCACAGCCAGCACAGGACGCCCUGCAAGGGAGGAAUCCGUUACAGUACAGAUGUGUCUAUGGACGAGGUGAAAGCUCUGGCCUCGCUGAUGACCUACAAAUGCGCCGUCGUCGAUGUGCCGUUUGGUGGAGCCAAAGCUGGAGUGAAGAUCAACCCGAGGAACUACUCUGACAACGAGCUGGAGAAGAUCACCAGGAGGUUCACCAUCGAGCUCGCCAAGAAAGGCUUCAUCGGGCCCGGCAUCGACGUUCCCGCUCCGGACAUGAACGGGGAGAGGGAGAUGUCCUGGAUCGCCGACACCUUCGCCAACACCAUGGGACACUAUGACAUCAACGCUUACGCCUGCGUCACCGGGAAGCCCAUCAGUCAGGGAGGAAUCCACGGGCGGAUCUCCGCCACCGGCCGAGGAGUUUUCCACGGCAUCGAGAACUUCAUCAACGAGGCGGCCUACAUGAGCCAGCUGGGGAUGAGUCCCGGCUUCCAGGACAAGACCUUCGUCGUCCAGGGUUUCGGUAACGUGGGUCUGCACUCCAUGCGUUACCUUCAUCGCAACGGGGCGAAGUGCGUCGGAAUCGGAGAAGUGGACGGAAGCAUCUGGAACCCCAACGGCAUCGAUCCCAAAGAGCUGGAGGACUACAAACUGGCCAACGGGACCAUCGUGGGCUUCCCGAACUCAACGCCGUACGAAGGAAGCAUCCUGGAGGCCGACUGUGACAUCCUGAUCCCCGCCGCCAGCGAGAAACAGCUGACCAAGAGCAACGCACACAAGAUCAAGGCCAAGAUCAUCGCCGAGGGAGCGAACGGUCCGACCACGCCGGAAGCCGACCGCAUCUUCCUGGACAGAAACAUCAUGGUGAUCCCGGACAUGUACCUGAACGCCGGCGGUGUGACCGUUUCGUACUUCGAGUGGUUGAAGAAUCUGAAUCACGUCAGCUACGGUCGACUCACCUUCAAAUACGAGCGCGACUCCAACUACCACCUGCUCAUGUCGGUCCAGGAGAGUUUAGAGAGGAAGUUUGGGAAACAUGGCGGCGCCAUUCCCAUCGUCCCCACCUCUGAGUUCCAGGCCAGGGUCGCUGGAGCGUCUGAGAAGGACAUCGUUCACUCAGGUCUGGCGUACACCAUGGAGCGCUCUGCCAGGCAAAUCAUGCGGACGGCCAACAAGUACAACCUGGGUUUGGACCUGCGGACGGCGGCGUACGUCAACGCCAUCGAGAAGGUGUUCCAGGUUUACAACGAGGCCGGCCUCACCUUCACAUAGAGACGCCUGCCUGUCUCUUGUCUGUCCGUCUGUCUGUCGGUUGUCCAUCGCCUCUGCAGGACACUUUGCAUACAGCAGCUGUGCGGAUGAAGAGUCUGACAGUUUGUCUCUGACGCUCCUCUGAAUCACAUAUCAGCUCAAAUACACCUGCAGAGAAAUAAAUAAAUAUAAAUAUAUAUAGACAAAAAGCCUUAAUAGCACAGGGAAGCUUUGUCACCAUUUGCCUACACAAACACACUCUGUGGCCAAAACUAUGUGGACACUCGUUCUCACUCCUCAGUGGUGUGUUUCCCAGCCUGAGCGCUCAUUAAACUGUAAACAGUUAUAAUCUGACUUUUUUUGUUUAUUAGUAGUGGAUUUAUUUUUUGUCUGCGUCGUCUGAUUCUUUGCUUUGUGUGGGUUUUUUUUUUUUUUUUUUUUUUUUUUUUUUGUUCUGCUUCCAGUGUCAUGUGAAUUUUUGCUCUUCCUCUUUCUUGAGUCUGUCUUUAGGGUUUCGGUCGGGAAAAACUCCUGGGGGCGCCACUUUUCACUGCGACUAAUGAUUACAGAUCAGUGAAUCUGCUGAUUAUUUAAAAAGAUAAAUCUGGUGAAUCCAGAAAGAGUCCGAGGUGACGUCUUCAGGUGUCCUGAAAACUAAGAAGCUGGAGAAUCUUUGCUUUAAAAAGUAAAAUCAGUUGCUGAUUAUCACAAUAGUUAAAGGUGUUUUUUAUUCUCACAUCUAUUCGUCCAGUAGUUCGCAGCUCUCCUGCUUUGUACCAGUUGUGAGACGUUCAACCAAAGACUGAAGAUGUGUUUCCUUGUUUGAAUCAUUUUUCAAACACUUGUUCAAUUAAAGUUAAAGAUUAACUGACCGUUUGUAUAAACACGUGACACCAGACGAGUGGAUGCUGUAGAGUCAGUGUGGUGUUGGGCGUCCACAUACUUCUGGCCACAUGGUGUCUCUACAGCUGUGUCUUGUUUUUAUACGACUCGAUGCACAUAUGCCUCAGGACUUUAAUAUCUGCUGCCUGUGAAGUCUGGUGUUUUAAUUCAACCAGAUUUUACAUUGAGUCUGGCGGCCGCUGGCUUCACUUCAUUUCUGUUUUGCUGUGUUGCUCCUUCGGUCUGCGCUCAUUUACCUGCACAGUUACAUGUUUGAAUAGAAAUCAGGGGCUGAAACUCAGAGAUCUGAAACACUACACUCUUUCUGACGUGUUGGUUCAAACGUUGAGCUCCUCGUUUAGCUCGUGUGCAGUAAAUUGGACUUUAAACCAAACUCCUCUGACAGUUUGCUGGGUUUUCUUCCCUCUCAGGUCUCGACACUGUUGCAGCUAAUGCUAAAGUACAAACAGCAGGACUGAUCUGCAGAACGUUUAAACUUUCUGUCUGUAACUAUGCAAAUAGCUGAGUUCACACGCUGCUAACUCCCGGCCCCUGGAGGAGACUCACCUGUCCGUCCCACAGGGGCCACAGACGCACAAUUCAAAGCUUUAAUCAUCUUUUUACGCAGCAGCUCACGGAGGUGAUUUUGGAGGUGUUUGGUUGUUUUUGUGUUGAUUGUUUGCAGCGCUGCCGCCGCCAUCACCUGACACCUUAAAGACUAAAGUUUCAUCUCUCAGGUGGGCAGGGGGCGGGGCUACCUGCUGGAGGAAGGGGACUUCUGUCCGUCAGCUCUGAUUCAAGCUGUGGGAGUCUGUGAGGGAGCUUUUAUGCCCUUUUUGUUAAAACGGAAUGUUUUAAAUAAAGUUUAAAAAAAAAA